AUGCUUCGUUUACUUUUAUUAGUAUGUUUGGCACAUUUAGUCGUUGGUAGAACGAUCACUGGAAAUAUUGUCCUUAAAAGCAAUCCUGAUGAGACUAUUGUGUUACCAAAUGGAUGUCAAUAUAUCGUUCAAGUUGUCGAUGCAUCACUAGCUGAUGGUAAAGCUACUGAAUUAGGAACAACACAAUAUACACUAGUAUCAUCUUUACCACAAUUAUAUACGGUAACAUAUGUACCUAGUGGUCUACCAAUGGGUUCUGAUUCACUACAAGCUCAAAUAAAAUGUCCAAAUGGUCCAAUGUAUAUCAAUGAUCAUAAAAUAUCUGUACCGGACAAGGAAGGUGAUAACAUAACAAUAGAUAUUGGAGUUAUUAGCCAUCACUGA